AUGUCGCCGUCACCGUCGCCCUCCACCGCCGCGAAGCGGAAACGCACCGCCUCUCACCUCCCUCCGCCAGAUAUCCCCAAGUCCUCCACUGCAGAAUUGCUCCAGCCAUCAUCGCGUGACGCAUCCGGCGAAGAAGGAGGCGACGAGUCGACCGCGCCCCCAGCAUCUCCAAAGCACAAGAAGCCCGUUGACGCGUCCGCCAUUCCACCGUCCAAACGCCCACGCACCCGGUCCAUAGUAGCUUCGGAAGCGGCGUUGCACCACAACGGGACCGCGGCGCUGUCGAUUGGCAACAACGAUCCCGGCGAGCCGUCCGAGACGACGGAGGCGAGUGUCGACAUUGAGAAUCGGAUCGGGCGUCGAUCGGGCUCGUUCCGUCAGCCGGCGGUGAGAGGGCAGGAUGGGCGGAUGAAGCCGCCGAUGAGGGCUGGGUUGCAGGAUCUCGCUGGGUACAAGACGAAUCCGCCUCCGGGUGGGACGGCCGGUGAGGGUGCGAAGAAGGCGUUUCCGGAUACACAUCUCAUCGUCGGCGUGACAGGAGAUGAAGAAACGCAUAUGCGCAAGGGGUUAACGGUCCUGAACGAGGUUGAGAGGGCGGAGACGGUGCGGCAUUGCAAGUGGGUGGAUGAGGUGAUACCCAGGUGCCCUUGGAUCGUAUCCCCGGAGUUUUUAGAGGAACAUGAGAUCGACUACGUUGCUCACGAUGAUAUACCCUAUGGAGCGGACGAGGGCGAUGAUAUCUAUGCUCCCGUGAAAGCAGCUGGCAAAUUCUUGGUCACUCAACGCACUGAAGGCGUCAGCACUACGGGCAUCAUCACCAAGAUCGUUCGAGACUACGAGAAAUACAUCACACGUCAACUCAAGCGAGGAACCUCUAGACAGGAACUCAACGUCUCCUGGCUCAAGAAGAACGAACUCGAGAUCAAGAGACACGUCUUCGAGCUUCGCGAUACCAUCAAGAACAAUUGGUCUGCGACUGGUCAGGAGCUGGGCAAAGAGCUUCGCCAGCUCUGGCAGAGUAGCCGGUCCAACAGCCCUGCUCGACGCAGCUUCGAUCUCGGGCAGAAUGGCGUGACGAGCCCCACGGGAAAUGGGAACAUCUUCAGUUUCGGAAGUAACAGGUCGCAUCUUGACGUGCCAAAUCGGCCUGAUAGCCCUGGUGCCGGGCGGACUGAGGAUUUUGCGACGGGUUACAGUCUAGGAUUGAUUGGCGGCGUUCGAUCGUGGAUGAUGCGCAGCCGUACUUCCCUCCGCGACUCAAUCAGCCAUCCACCAUCGCCAUCCGGGAGUGAUGAGGAGCGAACUGGCUCGGAAGAAGCGACCGGAGAUAUUCCUGUAGCACCUAAAGUCAAGACCUAA